UGUUCGGUGCGGUGGUGCACUGUGCAGUUGAGAAUGCGGAGUCUCAGAGUGUAGUAAACAAACAAUAGGUUCGAUUCAAUCGUCAGAUUUGAUAUAUUUUGCAGUGAAUUUUGGUUUGGAUCAUAAACAAUUUAAAUCAGCGGAAAUUAUGGCAGAAUUACCACCCAGGAAAAAUCCUACUCCAACUAGAAUAUCUAAGCAGCAUUCAACACCAUUACAGACUCUUCUUCAAAUGGGAUUUCCCAAACACAGAGCUGAAAAGGCAUUGGCUGCUACAGGUCAUCGAGGGGUUCAACUAGCUUCCGACUGGCUUUUAGCUCAUGUCAAUGAUCCGACACUGGAUGACAAUUGUCCACGAGAGUAUAUCCUGUACGCCUGUCCCACAGGACCUCUGCUUGACCAGCUACAGAUGUUUUGGGAGAAGUCUAGGAGUAGCUGUGGCUGGAACGGAGCACACAACUAUUUGCCUCACAUAACUCUAGUCUCCCUUUUCAAAGCACCAGAUGAAAGCUCCCAGCAAUUGGUUCGAACAAUGCUGCAGAUCGUAGAGUCUCAGAAGUCAAACUUGCCGGAGAGUUUCAAACUGGAACUGUACAUGUCUGAGAAUUUCAUGGGCUUUUUUGUGGACAAUCACCAAGCUGAUGUGCUCAAGAACAUUGCCAGGCAGUUUGUUAAAGAAGUUUCUGGAGCAAUAAUAAACGAUAAUUAUGAGCAUUUAGAUGCUCUAACAGCGUGUUUUCCAUGGUGCACUACAGCUAGUUCUCGCCUUUCUCUAUCCAGAGGUGUUAAAUCUGGCAGUGCCACACUGGAGCCUCACGUCAAGUCUCUGCACUUGACUUUGGCCUAUCAGUUCCUGACGGUGCAGUUCCCUGAACUUAAGACCCUUGUUGAGAAAUACCUCAGUCCAGACACACCUGGACGUUGGGAGCUACGGAUAUAUUCCCGUGAUCCCCGAGUAUCCAACAAGCAGGUCCACAAGGUGCUAUACUCUCAUGUACCAAGGGAGCCAGAUGAGUUGGAGCUAAUGAUCGGAGACUUUAUCUAUCUCAAUAAGGAAGAUAUUGAGAAGUCACCAGAUGGCUGGGUCCAGGGGAUCUCCUGGCUUACUGGUUGUACGGGUUACCUUCCCAUCAACUACACAGAGCAUACUGCAGAAUCAGAUGCCUGGACAUUACACAAAACCUGUGGCCUUUGGAAAGACGGAUGGGCCGAAGCCAGUGACGAGGAGGACUCAUCAGUAAAUCUCUCCCGACAGUUGGCAGCAAUGUCUUUGGCUUAUGGGAGCUCUGAAAGCAACUUCUCUCAGCUGCCCAAGGAAACAGGAACAGCUCCUGUGUCUGAUAGUCCUCGCCAACUGUACAUUAUGAGGCAUGGGGAGAGAGUUGAUUUCGCCUUUGGCAAGUGGAUCCCCUACUGCUUCAGUGAGGGAGGAGAAUACUGUCGCAAGGACCUGAAUAUGCCAGCUGGAGUACCACAGCGAUGUGGUGGACCAGAUUGUUUCACGGCAGACUGCCCACUGACCAGUGUGGGUGAGCUGCAGGCACGCCUCACUGGUGAAGGCAUGAAGAACACAGGGGUUUCUAUUAGUCAUGUGUUUGUCUCCCCAUCUCUGCGCUGUGUUCAGACUGCACAUAAUGUUCUCUUAGGUCUAGGAAUGCAGAAGAAGCUACAACUGUUUGUUGAACCAGGAUUGUUUGAAUGGCUAGUCUGGCACAAAGCUCGAUUUCCUGUAUGGUUGACUCUGGAAGAGCUGGCAGCUGAGGGUUACAACGUCAACCAGGCUUACAAACCUAUUGUAUCCAUUGAGACCAUCACCCAAACUGACCGUUCCGAGACAAUAGAACAGUUCUAUGACCGAAGUGCUACAGUUACCCAGGCAAUCCUAGAGAACACAUUGGCUGCAGGAGGUGGCAACAUACUUAUAGUUGGCCAUGCGGCAUCGCUGGACGUGUGCACAAGGAAGCUGGUGGGUGCCACACCACGGGAUUGCAAAGACAUGAACAACCUCUUGCGCAAGAUCCCGUAUUGCAGCCUGACAGUGGCACAACAAGUGUCCCCUGAUGUGGAUAAACCCUGGCAGCUGGUGGAGGCUCCUUUCCCUCCAAUCACACACUGCAACAACCCUCGCUUUGACUGGCGUGUGCUGCUCACAUAAGACAGCUGUCGAGGGGACUUGGCACUUGUUUCUGAAGCUUUUGUUGUCAAUAUGUUGUCGCUUUUGUAAUCGUCUAUUGGUACCUAACAUAUUAGCUAGAUUGUGUUGAUAACUGAUGUUAUCUACAGUAAAUGCUUAUUACCAAAGGUAAUGGACGUAUGAACAGAAAGUGAACAAAAGGUUUAAUCACUAAAUUGAUGUAAUAACUGAAGUACUGAAUGAACAGACUGUGAUAAAAAACGUGCUUAAAAUCAUAUAAAUAUUUUACUAGGUUCAUAGGAAACGUGUUAGUGGUUUUUAAUUGCGAACUGAGGUAUUUUAGUACAUACCUUUCCCGUCAUCUCAUGAUAAAAUAGCUUUUAUUCGCCUCAUAUUGCCUAUAAAUUUAUGUCCUUCUUAGUUUCAGGACAAUCGUCUUUUAGAAUAAUUUUUAAUUUAUUACAUUUUUAGUUAGACAUGUACUUGUAGUCGGCUUGUUGCAGCUCAUCAUGAUAUUACUAUGUGCAGCUCUUGAUUUAAGUUCAUUAUUGACAGCAAAUGAUAUAAAAAAAUAAAGAAAUUUUACAAUUUUUUUUAUAACACAAUGGAAAAUAUCAAACGAUUUAUUUGAAUUUUUUUUAAAGCUUGCUAAGGAAUGAGAAGUUUAAAAAAUACCUGUUGUACAUAAAAAUAUAUUAAAUAAAAAGUACUAUUGGCAUGAUUUAUACAGGGUGAGGCAGAACAUCCGUCAGUGAUGUAUAGCAGCUGAACCGAGAAACCUACUACCAAUUGUAACAUAUUUUUAGAAAGAGUACUUUUUGUUGACCUUGGCAAAAAAUUUGGAUUUGAUAAAGCAAUAGUAAAAAAAACCUGUAACCAUACAACAUUGAUACUUUAGAACACCCUCUAUACAAGAAGCGUCAUAAAUUAAAAUGUUUUCCCAAAAUUACCUUUAAAUGAGGUAUGGCUUGACCUACCUUUACAUUACAAAUCUUAAAAAAAAUUAUCCCUACCCCACCAAAAGUGCCAUUUUGGGUGUUAAAAAUUAUUUUUCCGAAUUCUUUGGAGUCAAAAUAUGGCGGUGUUUGUUUAAGCGAAGAAGAUAAGUUUCUAGGUUUAACCUCUAUAAAUCACGGACAGUGGUGUGCCCCAUCCUGUAUGCAGGUUUAUUUUUGUAUAGUCUAAUAAAGGCUCCAUUACUAUAAAUUCUAAGCUGAACAAUCUAAAUACAAGUACAUAUUUAUGCACUGAUAAGACUGCUACAGCAUUUCAAACUGUAGCUUCUGCUGACACCAAAGUAGUUAAUUAUAUUUUUAAUAUUUAAAGUUAAGAGUUCCUCAGGUAUAUGUGACUAGGUUAUUAGACAUUGCUAUUGCAUUAUUUUUAUUUAUUUUCAGUUUUGUGUGCUAUAUUUUAAUUAGCAAAAUUAUACACUUGUACAACUGUACUUUAUAGUAUUUUGUAUUGAGACAUGAAAUUCAUGACUUUUCAAAGUUUUAUUGUUUAAGUUUUCAGUAAAAGAUGAUACAAUUUAUAAACAGUCAAAUCUUUAAAUUUCAAAUUUUGUUGUUUACCGAAGUAUUAUAGUUUCGAGUAAUUUUUCAAGUAUUGUUUCGACUGAAUUAGUGCAACCUUCUUUUGAAUUACAAUGCAAAUGUUAACGGAUCUUUAGUCUAUUUGUAUUACGGUACUUCAAUGUUUGAAGUAUUUUUUGUUGCAUUUUAUAUAGACUUCCCAAAAAUAAGUAACAUAUUAGUAAUUUAAAGGAUUUCAGAGAUGUUUGUGCUUUAAAAAGUUUUAUAAUUUUAUUUUUUUUAUAAUAUUGGCAGUUAUAAUUUGGAUUAAAAAUACAAGUAAACUUGUAAAAGAAUGGCAAGAAUGGAAGAAUGGAAAUCAUUGAAAGUAGAGUUAUAUUGUUGUUUUAGACCUAACUAGCUUUUUAAUGUGUUAAAUGUUUAUCAAUGUUUAUUUGUUGUUGAUAUACUUCCAGUCUUGAUUUAACAGUUAACAUUUUAAGAAAUGUAAUAUUACUUAUUUAAAUUAUUUAACAAUAUUUAUUUUGUUAAAAAAGUAUACAAGUUUAUGUUAUUUUAACACUGCCUCUACAUUAACGGGAUGGUUAUAUGUUAUUUGUUUACUUAGUAUUUUGUUCUGUUAUACUUCUAUAUACAAAGUAUUUUGUGGUGAACAUAGUAAAUAAUGUUUUAUUUUUAAAUAAUUGUAAAAAUUGGAUGAAAUUUAUGUAAGUUGUUGCUUGGUUUAUAUACAGCCAUCAAUUAGCAUCAGUGUAUGUUAACUAACAAACUGAAUGGGCAUUUAUAUUCAACUGUUAAUAAACGUUUUUACUGUUA